AUUUGAUUUCACAUCAUAGAACAUUUCAGACUAUUUAUGACAAACUGCUGUUCAAGAAGUUUAAUUCCAGUUUCAUGAUUGCUGUUAAAAAUAUUAUACUAGUAGGGAUUUGAAUUUAAUAUUUUUUUAAUAUAUUAAAAUUAAUCUUAGAUUAUCAAGUUUAUCAACCACACAAAAUGUAUAGCUUUGAGGGGGAGCACCGCAAGAAGCCCAAUGUGAGCCUCAGUGGUGCCAGUCGAGUAUUGGGAAAAGCAGAUUUUCUGGAAAAACUAAGAAAAGAGAGAGAAUCACGAGAGAGCAACAGGAAACGGGAAAUUGCUGCAGUUCGGGUGCAAGCCCUUGUCCGGGGAUGGCUAUGUCGUGUGCACACCAAUGAGAUGUACCGCCAGUUGUAUGAUCAAACACUUCAGCAGGAACCUACUCCCCUUGCUGAAGAUGUGGCCAGGACACAGUGUUUGAGAAUUAUAAGGAUGUUCCGUAUGAAGCAUGAUGCUCACAGAUUGUCAUUCUUGUGUACGUUGUUGGUGAGGCAAAGCUCGCAUCUGCUGGAGUGGGUGAUGCAGCAUCCCAACGUGUGGCUAUUACUGCUCUCCAAGCUCAGUGCCCUCUCUCUGAAAACUAUUUCUGAUUCAGCAGAUACUGUUAGUCAUGCUGGGCCACUACGUUUACUAGAGGUGCUGACACAGCCCCAAUCAUGGUACAAUUUACCACUGAUGACUCCUGCCAAGAUGGCCAAUUACAUUUUUGGUUUCCUCAUCCCUCUAAUCGACAAAGGUUACUUCAAAUAUCUCAUCAAAUUGUUGGUAGAGAAAGUCCCCGAAGUUGAUGAGCGAGGAGGUAUAUCUAGUUCUCCUUUGGCGACGUCUAUCCUAGACCUGAUAUUCUAUCCCUUGUUCCUGGUUGCAACGUGUCGGCGAGCGGCCGAAAAAUGGAGUCCUGAUUCGGUCAUAGCCACCAAUUUGCCAUGGGUGAAAAUGAUCAGUGCUGCUCCCAAACAAUCUCAAGUAUCUUCUUGCAGCUACGCUAACCUGCCAGCUGAGAACCAGUCAGACGUUGAGUACAUGGAUUUGGACUCGUCUAACGUUGAUGAUUCUGAUAAGCCUGCCAAGCUGUCAAGCGAUGAUGGUAAUAUUAGCCGAACUCAAGUAUUUUCCUCUGUAAGUUAUUGUAAUGUGCCAGUCUCAGCUAACCUUCCUUCUCAACAAAACCCUGGCGCCUCUACAGACUAUACUGGCUCACAGUGCACAAGUCAACUACUCUGCUACGCCUUCAGUGGCGUACCUGUCCAGUGCCCUGCUAAUUUAAUAAACUUGACUCUGUACCAUUUAGUGGACCAGCUAUUCGCAAAUUCAAAAUACAGCCAAGUACAUAAUCUCCUGGCCCCGCGCAUCGAGUCCAGUAAGCUGCUGUUGUGUCACCCGUCCGCGUCGCACUCGCUCAUCGAGGCGAUCCAUCACGUACUGGCUCUAACACACAAGGAGGAUACGUCUUCUACUAUUGCGGAGGUUGGAGCUGAAGGUGCGCCUACUCAGCUUAUGGUCCUACUCACAUUACUACCAAUCAAGACCGCACUUCCAACUACCAGCCUCCAGUUGUACUUGUUGGCAUGUCGUCGCUUGGUUCACAAAACCGCGCAUUAUCUUCCUCUAAAAAAGCAUUGCGUUCCUUCCACUGCAAAUAUCCCUGGAGGAGAGGUAUACGAAGAAGAAAGUGAAAGCGAGGAAGACAGUGAUGAAGAAGUGGAGGUCUCGGACAAACAAACAACCGGCCAGAGAGGGGCUGAAAGUCUUCCUGCAAAAGUCACUGAAAUUGGUGAAUGGUGCUUGUCGCACAUAAACAGUCCAGAGUACGUGAGCUGGGUCCUGGAUGAAGUUGAGGCUUCCAAGUUGGACAGGGAAGUGUUGACAGAGUUCUGUGGCCUCACCCACACUCUCCUCACUGCUCCGUGCCUCAGCCUUUUUCAAUGCAGGCUUUUGUACGGCGUGGUGGGUCGCCACGAGAUGCAGCGCGCCAUGUGGUCACUCUUGACCAGCCUCUACCCGUGCUGGGUGACUGCACCAACCAUCGCUAACGACAAGACCGGCCGAGGGAGCCGCCGGCUGCUAGAUACUGUAUCCCGUGGGGUGCCGCUCGAGCCUCUGGACCGGGACACGCUCGUGCCCGUACUUGCGUCCUUCGCCACGGCGCUCCUAGCUGUCCUUGCCACACUCCAUGAUUCGGAGCUCGUUACUUCUACUGAAGACACGUUUGAAAGCAUCAUGUCGCACCGAGAUGUAGACAUCACGAAACAGUCUGAUGAUCACUCGAGUAGCAACACAGGGAGCUUUGCCUUCACUGCAGCGGAACUUGUGACCAUAAGCGGCACUCUGAGAGACGUGUGUUUGGGCCUCGCCGAGUUAGCGCACCCAGACCCGCGUGCGUCUACUCUCACGGACGUGUCUUACAAGCCCACUUGGGACCAUUGCUUCAGGUGCUGCGUAGACGUGGUGCGCCACCUUCAUCUUCGCGACACUCGUCGGCAGUUUUGCCCCGCCAAACAUUGGCUCACGACACGUGUGUCACUUCCUGACGUCCCCCAAACGGCCUCAUACAGGAACCUGCUCAGCGCCCGAGCCUCUAGAAGACGAACUUUCAUGCCAACGCGCUGGAGGACGCGUGACCAAUUAUUGGCUGAAAGCGGAAAUAAAGCCGCAAAACAAUUGUCCAUGUACGAGAAGGUGCGAGCCCUGCUGCUGCAAGAGCUCCCGUUUGUUUUCUCUUUCACGGACCGAGCGGAAGUGUUUCUCAGACUCGUUCAAGAAGACAGGAAUUCAGCGCAGGAACAUAGUGCAUUCAACGUGGGGCCUAAUAUAAGUCUUAGGGUGCGGCGCACCCACAUCUACGAAGACUCUUUCGAAAAGCUCUCUCCUCAGAAUGAAGCCAACAUGCGACUAUCAUUACGCGUGCAGUUGUUGAACCCUGCAGGGGCCGUGGAAGCUGGUGUGGACGGUGGAGGCCUCUUUAGGGAGUUUUUGUCUGAGCUUCUCAAAAGUUCCUUCGAUCCCAACAGAGGAUUCUUUCUACUGACUCGGGAGAACACAUUGUACCCCAACCCCGCGGCUCACCUGCUGCACGAGGACUUCCAUGCCCACUACUACUUCAUUGGCCGGAUGCUUGGCAAGGCUUUAUACGAAAAUCUAUUGGUGGAAAUUCCGCUGGCCGGGUUUUUCUUGUCAAAGCUGCUAUCGAGGAAAGGAUUCUCUAUAGAAUUCCACCACCUAGACUCGCUUGACCCUGAACUGUGUCGCAACCUUCUGUACCUCAAGACCUACCAAGGCGAUGUCUCUGAGCUCGGUCUCGACUUCACCGUCCUCGUGUCUGAGCUUGGACACAAUAGAGUUGUGGAGCUUGUGCCUGACGGUGCCAACGUUCAAGUGACGGCCGACAACAAGAUCGAGUACAUCUACCGCAUGGCCGACUUCAAACUCAAUCAACAGAUCGCCAAACAAUGCUACGCUUUCAGGAAAGGCCUUCAUGACGUCGUGUCGGCAGAGUGGCUGCAGUUAUUUGACUGGCGGGAACUGCAGACGAUGAUUUCAGGUUCUGCCACGCCUGUUGAUAUUAAUGACCUCAAGAAGAACACUAAAUAUAGCGGCGACUACACCGCCAAACACAAGACCAUCAGACUCUUCUGGCAGGUUGUGGAACAAUUUGACGAGCAGCACCGCCGGUUGCUGCUGAAGUUCGUCACAAGCUGCUCUCGACCGCCUCUGCUUGGCUUCAAAGACCUGCACCCUCCCUUCUGCAUCCAGCCUUCAGGCAGCGACCAGCGACUGCCCAGCGCCGCGACCUGCAUGAACCUCCUAAAGCUGCCCGAGUACCGAGAUCCCAUCACCCUCAAAGAAAAGCUCCUCUACAGCAUCACCAGCAACGCAGGAUUCGAGUUGUCUUAGCCACAUCACCAUCAAUGAGAAGCUCCUCUACAGCAUCACCAGCAACGCAGGAUUCGAAUUGUCUUAGCCCCAUCACUAUCAAUGAGAAGCUCCUCUACAGCAUCACUAGCAACCCAGGAUUCGAGUUGUCUUAGCCCCAUCACCAUCAAUGAGAAGCUCCUCUACAGCAUCACCAGCAGCGCAGGAUUCGAAUUGUCUGAGCCCCAUCACCGUCAAGGAGAAGCUCCUGUACAGCAUCACCAGCAACGCUGGCUUCGAGAUGUCUUCGAGUGUAUGUUUAGUCAACUCUUUCCUGCGCUUUCGCCGCAGAUAAUUUGCUUUGUUUCUAUGUUAUUACCUUAUUUUAUUUUUGUUCUAAGUGCAUAGUCGCUUUGAUAAUUGCAAGUUUCGUUUUUUCUAUUGGCGUUUGCUCAGGUAUAUAUGUCAUUUCUUUCUCAUUCAUCUCUUGAAUUUUCUUUUCAUACAUUGUAUAUGUCUUGUAUCUUUUGAAUAACUUCGAGAUUUCCUUCCAACUGAGUCACGAGUUAAUUUAGUGCCGGUAUUUAAAACACUUGCACAACUGACGACCAUGAAGCUGUGUCAACAGACAAAACUUGAUAACACCAAAAAUGUUGGUAUAAACCCGUUUUCUAUGUUGCGGACCAGGAAAUUUUUACGAGAUUUUCACUCUGUGUCUUGUUUGCGGUGUCAAAAUAAAAAUUUAUAUUCUCAUCACAUAAUUAUGAUUAUUUAAAGACG